AUGUCUGUCGAAACGCUUUCUGUGUCUCAACCCGCGGAGUCGACCCUUGGCAAGUCCACCAAUCUCACAGUCCAAGAGGUCGAGGACGACUUGGGGUUCGACCCAGAUGCCCUCAAGGCAAAAUACCUCGCCGAACGGGAAAAACGUAUCCGUGCCAACCCCAAUGGAGUGGACCAGUAUCGUGCAAUUGAAGGCUCGCUGUCGCACUACCUCAGUGAUCCAUGGGCUGGCCAGGACGACAAGCGGGAGCCCUUGGACAUCAACACUGAAGUGGUCAUCAUCGGCGCUGGAUACGGCGGAGAAUUGAUGGCCCACAGUCUUCAGCAGAAUGGCAUCCAAGAUUUCAGGAUUAUUGAGAAAGGCGCAGAUUUUGGGGGAGUCUGGUAUUGGAACCGAUAUCCCGGAGCACAAUGCGACAUUGAGUCCUAUGUCUACAUGCCCAUGCUGGAGCAGAUCGGAUACGUCCCCUCGGAGAAGUAUGCGCGUGGGCCCGAACUUCUGUCACAUGCACAAAGACUGGCCAAAGAACUGGGACUGUACGAAAAGGCCAUUUUCAAGACAGAAAUCCUGAGCAUCCACUGGCAAGAGGAGACUGCGACCUACUCGAUCAAGACGAAUCACAACGACAACAUCCGCGCGCGUUUCGUUGUCGGCGUGGCCGGGUCACUACACCGACCGAAACUCCCAGGCUUUCCAGGUAUUGAAACCUUUAAAGGCCACAGCUUCCACUCUAGUCGCUGGGACUACAAGUAUACUGGUGGUGAUGCUGUCGGAGGGGGACUAGUCAAUCUCACGGACAAAAAGGUAGCGAUUGUCGGCACAGGGGCCACUGCCGUCCAGAUCGUACCAAACAUUGCGCCCUGGUGCAAGCAACUCUACGUUUUUCAACGGACGCCGUCGUCUAUCGACGUCCGGAACAACCGGCUUACCGAUCCCGACUGGGCGAAGAAGCUCGGACGAGGAUGGCAGAAGGAGCGGAUGGACAACUUCAACACCAUCGUGUGCGGCGGGCACCAAGAUGUCGAUCUGGUCGACGACGGUUGGACAGAUAUCAUUCGCAAUCUAUACCCAUCUCGAGCAGCAGCGGGGAGUAUGGGGAAAGAGGAGAUGGCGAAACGCCGCCAGAUCCUCGACUUCCAGAAGAUGGAGCAGAUUCGCAAGCGUGUCAGCGCCAUAGUUAGCGACCCUGCCACGGCGGAGAGCCUGAAACCGUACUACAACCAAUUCUGCAAACGGCCGUGCUUCCACGACGAAUACCUCGCGGCCUUCAACCGGCCCAACGUCCGAUUAGUCGACACCAAAGGCCAAGGGAUAGAACGGCUGACCGAGAAAGGCGUGGUCGCCAACGGGGAGGAGUUUGAGGUCGACUGCCUAAUUUACGCGACCGGCUUUGAGCGCGCCACCAGCUGGAGCCACCGUGCCGGCAUGGAGGUGUACGGGCGUGACGGCAAGAUCCUGGGCGAGAAGUUCUCGGACGGGCCCAGCACCUUUCAAGGCUGGGUGAGCCGGGACUUUCCCAAUUUCUUCAUGGUCACGACGCUCCAGGCGUUCGUGACGGCGAACUUGCUGCACACGACCACGCUCCAGGCCGAGCACCUCGCCUACGUGAUCGCCGAGUGCAAGAAGCGCAAUAUCCGCUCCGUCGAGCCCACGCAGGAGGCCGAGGACGCGUGGGUCGAGACCAUCGUCGAGUCUGGCGUCAACUCGAGGACCUUCCACAUGGAGUGCACGCCGGGCUACUACAACAACGAGGGGCAAAUCACGCGCAAGCUGGCCAAGAACUCGUGGUACGGCGGCAGCGCGCUGUGGGUCAUCAACAUGAUGAAGGAGUGGCGCGAGGCUGGCAAGCUCGAGGGUCUGGAACCCACGUUUUGGCCCGAAUCCAAUGGUGCCUAA